AUGGACGAGAACCUGCAGGUGCCUCCAGCCCGCUCGCAGCCCACCCAGCGCGCGGCGUUAUCUCGGGCGCGUCCUGCGUUGAGUCUGCAGCGGAUUGUGGGCGCGGGAGCAUGUGAAGCUUGUCGCGGCCGCAUCACCAAGUGCUCAGAGUGCCGCAAGCGGCAUACGCCAUGCAACUACCUUCAGCCUGCGGUCCGGCCCGUUGCUGCCAGUGCCAGGCGAUACCAUGGCCAGGUCCAGGUCCACGCACACCAUCACCCCCAGCAUGCCCUCCUCCGGCACAUCUUCGCCCAUCUGCGCUCCCAGCCAUGGCACGUCGCCCAGGACCUCCUCGCCCAGCUGCGUCACGGCACCGACGAGCGCAGCCUCCUCCGUUUCCUUGAGUAUGGCAGUCUGCGUGUCCAGCUCAAGCUGGUCCCAGACACGACAUACCAGUUCACCGCUCCCUAUCUUGCUGACAUGAUGCCGCUGUUUGGCAGUGCCGACAACCCCUACCUUGCCUCCAGACUGUACAAGGCCCUGUCAAACGAGACUGCCCAUCACGGCACCGACAUCCAGGAGCAGACUCACAGCGCCAUCUACCACGUGCCCUACCCCGGCGCCCGCAUGUACGAUCCACGCAUGUCGCCAGACACGCUGAGGCCGUCCAAGUGGACUUCGAUAAGCGACGACGACGUCUUCCUCACCCGCCUUCUCGAAGGCUACUUCCUGUACGAGUUCCCAUUGUGGCCUUGCUUCCACAAAGAUCACUUUCUCGAUGACAUGACUGCUGAAAGUCUUCCCUCUGCCCAGGCAGCUACCAUCAUAGGCCGAAUAUACUUCGCCAAUGGCAUGGACAAAAUGGGCUGGACAAUGUGGUCUCACGCUCUAGCGCUUGCGGAUAGACUAGACUUAUUUGCUAAGACCGCGCAAUACAAUAACGAGAAGGACCGCAUUUCAAGAACCAUCACAGCCUGGGGCAUCUUCUCUCAGCAAGCUAUUGAGAUCGCCUCUGAUCCCCCACUGUCUCGACUUCCACCUGAGGACGGCUUGCCCGCGUACCAAGACGCACACGACUUCUUUGGCGAGAUUUGGGUCAAAUACCCUCUUGCGACACACUUGACCCCCAUCUAUCUGGGACAGACAUUCCUGUCGCUCAUCAAGCUUCGAUGCAUCAUGAACGACAUAGCCGGAAAGGCUCUUCCAGAGGACGAUGGAGAUAACAAUCUCGAUAUUGAGCAGGCUAGUCGUUAUCAUCUUAUGCUGGUACAAUGGUUCCGUGAUCUUCCGGAGCCGUUACAGCCACAGAAUGCCGCCAUGCCGACACAGCUUCUGCUACACAUGCAGUUCCACAACCUCGUUACCAUGACCUUCCAACCGUUCCUGGAAAAGGAAAAGUCUCUCAACUGGCCCAACAAUAGUGGCGCAUUUCAAAAGUAUACAGGCUUCAGUCCGGCCCAACUAUAUGCUGCCUCAAAAGCGAGUCUGCAGACGCUUCUCCAUAUGUUCUUCCACCGUCACGGCUUCGAAGCAUACUACAUAUUCCUACUCCAGGUCCUCGUCCAGCUAGGCUUCGAUUCGAUCGAGCGUCUACGCACCCCAGAAGCGCAACAAGAGCAUUUCCCAGCCAUAAUGAAAGCCACACGAGCCACACUCAUAUUGUGCGCCAAGGGCUUGCGCGACCAAGGCCAUAACUUCUUCUUAUCUGAACUCGUGUUCCGCAUUUUGCGCGACAAGAUGAAUCCGGUAGACGUCAAGCUGCUCAAGGACUGGGCGCACAUCAAAGACGAAGGUGAAAGGGAGAAGUCGAUGAUGGAACACGUCUAUGGCGAAUACCCUGUCAACGUAGAGUCCAUCACCUCGGAUCCGACCGAACAACGUCUGAAUCGGCUUUUGCAGACUAUGGCUGAUCUCAAGCUUCCUAACGAUACUGCUGAGCCAACUCAGCAAGAUAGGGCAUCGAGGACAUGGCGAAGCAUCGUUUUUUGA